AUGCAUGUUUUAAUUAACCGUGGUCGUGGCGGCACGCCCGAGUCUCUUUGGAUGGAAUCGGACGAGGCGGUGGACCUCCUGUCGUUCGAAUUUUCUGCUGUAUCAGGGGUUGAGAAAGUUUCCAGUAGUGUGACUGAUACAUCAGCUUGUCCGCGGAUUCUUUUGUACAAAAAUGCAGGAUAUGCACUUGACCAAGAGCGUCGAUGGAGAGCCGAACUUUUAAAUUGCCGUCGCCACAAGCACCGAAAUGACAAGUUUGACGCUAACCGUGAGCUUUCUACUCAACUAUUGAAAAGCGGUAACCCGUGGUCAACACAGCUCAGAUUACAAGAGCAGAAGAAGCCAUGGAAUGAUCAUUUUGCACGCCUGAUGCUUGCUGAGUGGCUUCUUUUCAUACCACCUGAUUUUGCUUCACAGUACCUAUUUAAGCUCUGCCCUAAAGGUCGGCACGUGUAUAUUGUAGCUAGCAAGGGACAAACAAACGUCUACUCACGAACGGGUUUGUGCCUUGCAACGAUGCUGACCCGAUUGCCGGGUGGUGGUCUAGGCCAAAGUUCUUCUCAGAUGCAUCGCUAUCAAACUAUACUUGAUUGCAUUAUGCUUGGAGUGCCCACGGCAACGAUGACUCACCAGUCAAGAACAUCAGUGGAUCAAUUUUCCACAGAAACAUCCUCAUCCUUGGGUAAUAAUAUUAUUCUCAAGGUGCUUGAUCUCAUCUCUUUCAGAUCUACCUCAUACGCCCAACAGCGGUUCCGGGAGCGAUGCGAAUGGCUUGAAUCGUUUCACAAAGAACAUAUUGAGGCUUAUGAACCAGGAGAUGUGGCACGUUUUGAAAUUAUCCCCGCAUACAGCUGUGAUUCAGAGACGAUGAGCUCUGUCUUUUCUUCUCCUCCUCCCUUCGAGCUAGAUGGUGUACUUUUCUACCACAGUGACGUCGCCUACCGAAGGGGUCCGACCCCUCUUGUGGGCUGGCUGAAGCCCUACAUGCUGCCCGAGUGGUUCCCCUCGGUGACGGUGCACCCCGACUACCUGCGUGACAUGGCCCCCGACUACAGGGACUACCUCACAGACAUUGAGCGUUACAAGGAAGCCACCCAAAAGUACAAGGCCUCUUUCGACGAGGCUAGGAAGAAAAGUACAAAAGACGUUGAGAUGUCCCAGCUGCCAUAA